AUGGCUACGCUAAUAGAUAUUUCCAAGAAAUGUCACGGAACAUGCACGUGCUAUAUAAACCAGGAAAAAGAUAUAACAGCUAAAAGAGAAGACAAUGUUACUCAACUGGAUAAGUAUGGACACUGUACCCACAACGCUGGGAGUAAACAGCUUGCAUUAUACUGGAAAACCAUAAAACUUGAGACCACAAGUGGCAUCUCAUUCACCAAGUUACAAGCUGUAACGACAUAUUACCACAAACAAUAUGAGCUAGGAAGUAGUAUAGGAAAACCUCUUCUCAUAAGGGUAAAAGAAGGCAAUGAUGAACAUUGGUAUGAAAAUGCUGGACAUCAUGCUCAUAAAAAGUGGAGAAGAAUUAAUGAAGGUCAAUCAUAUAAGUUUCUUCCCUCUGGUUCAAAAUAUCUAAAAGACAAACUUCAAGCACUAGCAUGUAGUCUCUAUGGAUACCAUCAAGUAGAUAUAUACUAUGGUUCAGCUUAUAUCUACCGGUGCCCAAUUUGUAAAAAAAGGGUGAAUGGUAAUAUUUCAGAGGAAAAGGCUCCAAAUGGCAUAACUGGAUAUACCAGAUACAAACACAGUAAUAUAAAUGAAAAUUCUGUACUCGUAUAUAAUGGGAAUAAACUUGUCUACAGAAAUCAACCGAAGGGUGGAAAGGCCCACUAUCUUCAAAUCCCAGUUGAUCCAUAUAACUAUAGUUACAUAGGAGUCUACUAUUGGGAUGGUGAUAAUGAUCGUAAGAAUCCCCUCAUAAUCGAAAUAGGGGUUAAGAAUGGUACAGGUUCAUUCUGGUUUGAAAAUAUUGGACAACCUGGUACAAAACAUGAAAAAUGGAGACCAUUACAUAAAGGAGACACCCUCCAAAAUCUACAAAAUAUACUCGACGUUCUUAAUUGUCUGUUUAACAGAGUUGUUCAGAUAAAGUUUGGAGUAACAGGAUGUCAUAAUCCCAAGUAUGUUACUCUACACAAGACUAGAAUUAAGAGUUUUUAUAAUGGAGUCAUAUAUAAUCUUCCCGGGUUUGCGGUCCAUGAGUAUACAUCAACUGAUGAUUUCAAAGAUAAACCAUUUAACAUAUCUAAGUUUAUUUUAGAAGGUAGAGAUCAUACUUUCCCGAAGGAUGAUCUUCCAUUCAGGGAUGUUAUAAAACUUUCAGCAUAUGAAUCAAGUUGUGAUAAUGGAAAACCAUUUCUUAUCUGUCUGGAAUUUCAUGGUAACAACGAAAGUAACUGGUACUUUAGAGAAAGGAGCGGGGAUAGCUGGAAAGAGUACGGAACAUUCAGGAAUCAAAAACCAGGGGAUGUAGGAAACAAGAUAGAUUCAGAAUUGAAACAAAUUAGAGCCGAGUUAAAGAUAAAUGCUUGCUCCUCACGUGUACUUUCAGAUGGUAUAAAUCUCGGUAUUAAAAUAACACCCCAAAGCGGCCAUGCUACCAUGUAUAGCAGUAGACAAACUUCUAUAAUUGUCGUUAAGGAUCUCGAUAAUCCGGUGGAGGGUUUCUUUAGGAAUACCCACAGGCCUGGUAAAACAGAACUUUUUACUGUAAAUAAGAAGUUAAUAGAUGGAGAUAGCAUAGGAUCAAGUCCGAAAGGUAUUAUAGAUGUAAAGGAUUUCUUUGUAUAUUUCUGGCAUGGAGCUCCUAAUACGCCAAUCCUACUUGGAGUUAACCAGAAAGAUCAAACAGAAACAAAAUACUAUGGUAAAAGUAGUAAUCAUGUAGGUCUAACUUGGAUGACUGAGCAAGUUAGGGACCUGGAGGAACAACAGGCACUCGAUCACCAAAACUGUCAACUUAACGACGCCAUUCCUAUAGAACUAACUAAACCAGAAGACUUCCAGCCAUUCCACCUUGGUAAACUAAAGUCUAAAUGUCUAUCCACUAAAUAUCUAUCUAAAAUUCCAUCCGGAUCUCUCCCUCAUGGAGCCAAAAAGGAUUAUAAAAUAGAGGGAUAUCAAGUAAAUGGUAAGACAAGGAUCUCCCGAGUUACCUAUGGUGAUAAACCAACAAACAUACUUCCUCCAUAUACUGAAUAUGGACCUACAUUUAACAUCUACCAUUGGACUAGAAAUUCUGGAGUACCUCUUCUAGUUGAGUUUAAGUCAUCUACCGGAGAUUCUACUUGGUACGAGAAUCUUGGAGGUACUCCACCUUAUACUAACUGGAAAAGGGUUGAUGAAAAGGAGGUAAAGGGGUUCUAUAAAGACAAAAAUCCUAAAAAUGACCUUACCGACAAAUUUACAGAUAAGCUCAAUGAAGUAAACUGCAGAGUGAACAAAGUAUUAAAACUUGACAUAUCAAGGACAGGUUGGAGAUACUGCAACAGCAAGUGUAAGGAUAAGAGAAUAAGAGUUAGACGAACUGAGGAAAGGAUCCGAGACUAUACUAGUUAUGAACACGUACCUAUUAUUCCAAACGAGAAAACUUUUACAAUAUCAUCUAUAGUUAGUUGGAAUAUUGAACAGAAGACUGACAUUAAUUUUCCUCUGGAAAAAGUUGAAAAGGUCACAGUGUACUUUGCAGAUUGUAACCCUUACGCUCCUAUUCUUGUCAAGAUUGAAGAUGGAACUAAUAGGUGGUUAAAAAGAAAAAGGGAGAAUGAUGGAUGGGAAGAUGCUAGUGGAAAUAAUAAUUUCGCAGAUCAGAGUUAUAUUAGAGGGAUUCUAGAGGAACUGAAAGGAAAUCUAUAUAUAUGUGCUAAAUCUGUAACACCACCAUUUCCCAAUGGAGACCAGAAUUAUGGGCAAGUACAACUAUCAAGUGCUAAUCACUGGGAUAAUGAUGACCAAAAUAACAAUUUUGGUAGCAUCGAUGACGCUGACGUAGAAGAGUCGGAAGACGAAGGAGGAUAUUAUGAAAGAGAAGACGGAGAUGUAUCACUCUUGGUUCCCACUAUAAAAGCUCUAAAAUCCACAAGUGGAAUUAUAAUUGAUAUAAAACGUAACAUUUCGGAAAAACAAAAUGGAUAUGGCACAUAUAUACCAAGGGAUGGACUACCUAUAAGCCUGGAAAAAUCUGAGGAUCCUAAAGGUUCUGGCUUCUUUAAGUUCAAACAUACUUCAGCUACUGGGACAUCUGGAGAGCCUUUCAAGGUUGAAAAGGUUAUAUACGGGGAUAGUGGUCCAACAGUUGAUGUAGGUGUAAAUGGUAACAAUAAUAACAUAAAACAUCUAUCGGUCUGGUAUUGGGAUGUAGACGGUAACAUGAAUAAUCCUUUGUUUAUAGAAGUGCGGAAAGACGACGGGAAAUAUGAUUAUUAUUUUAACAAGGGACAAUAUACAUGGAGCCCAGGUCAAAGAUAUAGAAAUGAACCCAUCACAAGUGAAGCCCUCGAGAAGGAACUGGAUGACCUUAACUGCAGACUCAACCAAGCAGUUACCAUGGAUCUAUCGGAGUCUAGGAAGAAUGGACAGUAUUGUUGUAAUAAAAGGAUUUCAAUUUCUCACAAUUUUGGUAAGACUGACAAGUCUGAUUCCAUGGAGUAUUAUGUUCAUUCUAUUACUCAAGGGAGUCAACUCGCAAAAAUAAAGUAUUACGCUUCCAGUGAUACAAUUAGGAAAAGAAUAAAUGCAGAUGAAAUAGAGUUUCCCAUCACUGGUUCUGUUAGUGUCUCUGCAUUCUACUGUGGAGGAAACCCAGUGCUUAUCUAUGUAAAAGGUAAUGGACACAAUGGAACGAAUAAGUGGUAUAAAAGGAAAAAUAAUAAUGAUCACGAAAGUAAGUGGGAACUAGUUCAGUCUGAUCUAAAAAAUAUACAGCCAGGAGAUGUUAGUAAUCCGGAAUGUGAAAAAAAGAACAAACUUGUGACGGUACUUAAAACUAUUGGCUGUAAUAUUGAAAAUUGUGUUCGGCAAAUUUCAUCUGGGAGUAGCCAAACAUCCGUACAGAUACAAGCCGUAGGUCAGUCCCAGCCUCUAAUGUCAAACCCACCACAAUUGACCAUUGAGCUUAAACAAAAGCCAGAGAAUGAUGGUCCCAUAUAUUAUCCAGAUAGUAUUAGGAGGAUUAAGGUCACAAGAUCUUCCUAUCCCCCUGACAAAGGAUCUACUGCGAAUUUCUACGAGUACAAACAUGAGGACAACAGUGGAAAAGAAUUUCCAGUAAAGGAGAUCAAGGAUGAUGCUUACCAAAAAAUACCAGGGAUUUUAGAAGAGGGACAGGAUGUCACCUCAGUUUCAGCUUAUUACUGGAGGCAUGAGAGUGUUAGUCCUGGCAAGAAGCCUAAGACAGCCCUGCUAGUGAAAGUACUAAAAAAGGCUCCAAAUGGAAAUAAGUAUUAUUCUAAAAAUAAAGGUCGCUGGAAUGAGUAUCAACUUAGAGUCUCAUCUGAUGAUAAUCCUAGUCAAGCUGAGUUAGAGGUUCUAAAUUGUGAGAUUAACGAUGUCGUUCAGAUAGAUGUCACAAAGACUGGUGGAGAGUAUUGCCAUAGUGGAGACAAGCAUCUUGGUAAUAGAGUCAAGGUUAAAGUAAGUGAUGGCGGAAAGCUUGGAAACUACACUGCUUAUGCUCACAGUCCAUCUAAUGGAGGAAGAUUCAAUAUAUCUGAGUUCAAGAACGGAGGUACUUCUAUAACACUAAGUGGUAUGCGCCAGCCUAUAAUGGGUGCUAAUAAAGUCACUGUUUAUUUUUGCAAGAGUGAAGUCAAUGGUGGCACUACGGCAGAUAAUCCCCUCCUCAUUUAUGUGCCAGAUUCUCCUACUGGAAAAAGCUGGUUUAAAAAGCCAGAGAGCAACGUAGCUAGUAUUGUUCCUAUUUGGAAAGAGGUUAAUGACUUCAAUGAAAGGAAAGAAAGUGAUUAUGAAGCCAUUGUCAAAGUUCUUGAUACCCUUGCUAGUAACUGUAAGCCUCCUUCUGUGACAAUUGACAUUUAUAACAGAUCUGAAAUUGGACAGUAUACUAUUUAUGGAGGUAACUCUUCUAACGUAUACAUAACUCCAAAUUAUAGUAUAGCUGGGUUUACUGACUCUACCUACAAGGUAUAUGGUAGGAAGUACUUUACGCUCCAGAAUGUAAAUUAUGAAGGUAUACAUACUUCUGGGAUAGUGAAUGGAACAUCCACUGAGUUUGUCACUUCUGUGUCCGUAUUAUAUUGGACCACUUUGGAAAGUAGACCAAAGGGUCCCACUGAUCAGAGAGGUAGACCUCUUCUUGUAAAAAUUACCAGGCAUAACACUGAUGGAGUACAAUCUGCAGACCUUUAUUAUGAGAAUAUUGGAAAGGAUGGAGACUUUUAUUGGCAAACAUCUACUAUUGAUACAGAAGACAAACUGAGAGAAAAGCUCCAUCUCCUAAACUGUCUCCUUAACGGUGUAGUUACAUUAGACCUAUCAUACGAUGUAUCUAAAAGAAAAGGUAAAUGGUACUGUUGCACUUACCAUAAUGGAUCUAGUACAAAGAAAAUAUACGCAAAGGAGGUAAAUGUUUCUUGCCAAACACAUCAGAACCAAACCUCUCUUGCAACAUAUAGACACUUCAUGGGUGUUGAAUCAAAACUAGCUGGCAUAAAGUACAAUGAAGAUGAACAAGGUCAAGUGAAGAAUAUAACUUUUAAGGGGCUAUCAUUUCCAAUUUUUGAUGUGCAAACCGUAUGUGCAUUCUACUGUAACAAUAACCCGGUGCUUAUAUAUAUCGAAGGUGGAACUUCUGGAGGCUCAGAUGCUACUGGAUGGUACAAGCAACGUCCUUCCAGUGAUAUUUGGGAAGAAGCCCCGGACAACCUAAACGGCAUAAAACCCAGCAAUUUCAGUAACCUUACAUGUAAAAACGGCUUUAAUGCACUUGUGGAUGAACUAAAAGGGUUUGAUGGAUGUAAAUACUUGAAAAAAUGUUUUGAUCCAGAGUCUCAAGAUACUCCACCUUCUGCUCCUCCUGCAGUUGAACCUAAUCCUCCUCCUGCUGCUUCUCAAGAAUCUGAUUCUACUGCUGAAUCUCCUAAACCUCCUGCUGCUUUUGCUGGUGGAGUUGCUGCUACCGGUUCUGUACUAUGGACAGCGUUUGGAUCUACCUCUGGUACUCUUGCCGGAAGUGCUGCAACAUUUUUUGGAGGAUGGAAACUUUAUAAUCGCUAUAGAGGAGAUCCUUGGGUUCGACAGAUUUAA